AUGUCUUCUCCCAUCAACUCCACCAUAAUCCAGAAGCUCGAUUCGCUCGACAGUGAGUACGCAGCCAUUCGCCGUCAGCAGGAGAUCGAGACCCGUGCUCUGGAGAAGACUUACGAGGCCAAAUACCAGCCUCUCUUCUCGGAAAGGUCUAAGGUCAUCGCCGAGGGUGGCGUUCCCGACCUUCAAGGCCCAAGUACCAACCGGAAGGACUGGUUCAACGACCGCACUGCGCUCCUGAAGAGGAACUAUCAGAGGGCUAGAGGUAAGGCCAGGAGGUCCCCAGAGGACCAGACUCUUAGGCAGCUAGAACUGGCUGCACGCCGGGAAUAUGCCAGCGGGAUACGCGCCGCAAAGAAACGGCACUGGGAAGGGUUCGUAGAGAAUAUGUCGGAGGAGGCAGCUAACAGGUGGCUGAGAUCAAAAGCCAACACCCCGUCAGAGAUGGAUCCGGAAGCCGCGGCUGAGCACUUUCUCGGGGCCGCUCGGGACCUCACUGGUGCGACACAGGGGGAACGGCGGGACAGCUCAGUCAGAGCUGUGAGCUUGUCGAUGGAUGAGCUGUUAGAGGUUGUGCGCUCUCUCCCGCGAGGACGCUGUCCGGGGGAUGACGAGACGGCAUUCGAACACGUUCAGCGGGCCACAGAGGUUAGCAGAGCGUUCCUGGAAGAGAUGAGAGUUGUUUACGAGGCGAUGCUGAGGCUAGGCAUAUUUCCCGAAGUCUUCAAGCUCAGUAAGGUCAUUCUGCUGGGAAAGCCGGGGCGCACGCCAGAAGGGCCGGGUAUGGCGGCAAAGCUACGCUGCGUCCGACCCAUCACCCUGCUGCGCAGCCUCAGCAAAACGGCGGAGAAAGUGAUCCUGCAGAGGUUGAGAGACAAAGUUGCGAACCUUCCGCAGGAGAUCCAUGGCUUCCGGCCCGGACGAUCACCGGUUACAGCGGUAAGGGAGGUCCAAUGGUUCGUGGAGUCCAAGGUCAGCGGACCACUGAGGGGCGCCAACGCCACGGCAAGCCGGCAAGGUGUUGCCUGUCUCCUAUUGGAGGACAUCAGUUCUGCCUUCGACAGAUGCGAAUGGUGCCACCUCGUCGAGGCGGUAAAGGUGAACUUCGGAGAGGAGUGGGCCCCUCUCUUCGAGUCUUUCUUGCAGGGCAGGGGCGUUCGGCUGGUCACAGCAGAAGGAGGGAGGGCAUACAGGGUGCGAACUCGGGGUACUCCCCAGGGUUCGAGCGCAAGCCCUAUCCUGUUCGCAGCCCACACCGGGGACCUAGCGGCCAGGGUCGACCGAAUGGAGGAGAUUCUCCCAGAAGGGUGCAGUGCGAAGCUCGUGAUAUAUGCGGAUGAUAUAGCGCUGGCUCUUAAGGCGAGAAGCGUAAGCGACCUCGCAGAGGCUAUCCUCAUGAUGCGCACAGUUAUCAAAAACUGGGCCGAAAAUAGAGGUCUGACUCUAGCACCCGAGAAAGAGGAGUAA